CAGUAUUCUGAUCCCAGGUAGAUUGAGGCAGGAGGCUGUUCUAAAUUAAAACCAUCACGCGAAAUACGAAAUUCUAGACCGAUUAUUCAGCCACAACGCGGCUAAAAUUUGCCAAUAGACGAACAACAACUCACUUUUAUACAGGAGAACAACUGCGCGGGUCGUGACGACUGGGUCCAUCAAUCAAAGAUGGAUCCUAAAAUCCAUGAGGGUGGGGACAGCAGUGACAGCGAGUUGCUGGACAACUGGACAAUUGUGGAUACUGACGAGGCCAUUGAUGCUUCCUUGCUGGCCGAUGACGAGGCUGACAAUGAGGAGCCAGAGGUUGCAGACACUGAUGCCCCUCGCCCUGAAAAGGAAGAGUCACUCGAGCCUGAGGAAAACUGCGACUCUCUGAAGGAAGAUCAGGACAAUAAUUCCAUCACAGAGGAUAACAACUCAAUUGAAGCCCCUUUGGAAAGUGACGACGGUGUGUCGAUCAUCACAGAGAGCGAUGAUGAAGUGGAAGAUUUAGAACCAGAGGUCUUGGCCAAUACUGACGUUCCUCAAUCGGCUGCCGUUGUCACAGAAGGCGGUCGCAUCUCUCCGGGCUCGGUAUCCCUGAAGAGCACAAGUGACCUGUCUGAUCUCUCCAACCAGGACAUACCUCUUGAUCUUGGCCAGAAGGGUGAACGGCAGUAUGUUCAUCACCCCAAUCCUAAGGUCAACCUUACUCUGAACGCCAUCCUGAUUAUCGUGCUUGCCUCCGUGUUCGGCCUCGGGGUUGGUCAUUUCCUUGGCAUGCACGAAGAAUGCUACAUCCCCAAGUUUGGUGAGGUGAGCGAAGCGCCUUUGAGUACUGAAACUUGGACCUUGCUCAACAGUCUGAGUCAUGAAAAUGAUCUACUUAAAAUGCAACUCAAGCAGCUGCAAAACUCUCUAAAUGGCAAAAGACGGAACUGGUCCAACGGACAAAUGGUGAUGGAGCCUGUGCUGAUUAAAAACGAAGAGAAUGUUGAAUGGCCCCCUGCCGAAGAGGUCGUUGAAAUUGAGCCUGCAGUGAUUGCUGAGGAAAACACAAAUAAUAUCGAGACUUUGGUGCAGACUGCGGAAGAACCAAAGGUGGAGGUGGAGACUAAAAAAACGGUACCUGCCGCAAAACAGGAAUUUCAAGCUGGUUCUCAGUACACUGAUGAGCAGCUGGAAAACUUCCAGACCCGUUUCGCCAAAACAGCAGACGAGCCGAGAAAGCCCAGAUCAACCAAGCCUGAUUCUUUCUACAACCGUGUGGAAGCAGAACUCCAAAAUGUGAUGCAGCGAGUGGCCAACUAUGGAUCGAAUCUGGUCAAGAACCGCCACAUUCCGAAUGGAGUUUCUACAGGUCUCGGUGUGCUGACGGCCACCAUUUCUGAUUUGCAACAAAGUGUCAAGACCUUGAGUCAGAACACGGCCCAACAGAGCACCUACAUGGUGGACAAUGUGAAAAAGUCAAUCUCGAAAAUGGUCCAAAAUGUGAAGCACACCACGGAAAAGAUGACCAGGGGGAGGCCUGAUGGAGAUGUCUGGAAAAGUCUGAAUAAAUUGAAGUCCAGUGUGGUGAAUGGCUGGUGUCACAUCAAGGGCAAAUUGAACAAGGGAAACACUCAGGACUGCUACUCGGAAUACAAGAAAAAUGAUACCAAAUUCUACAAGCCAAAGCAACCUGAGAACAAGGACAGAUUCUACCCUCAAGAGAAUAAGUACGAAAACAAUAAGGCUUGUUACAAGGGCAAAUGCUCGUACGGCAACAAGAGGUACCAAGACCAAUACAGGCCACAGAAUGACUGGCAGUUCAAGAGAGCUCAGUUUCGUGAAAAAGGUCGCCAGAGAGAGGUUUCCGACUGGUAUGCCAAGAGGGUGGAUGCCAGGCAGCAGAAGAGAAACUACUAUGACAAUGAGAGAAAGUGGUACCACAGCCGGGGACACUAAAUUUUGAAAAUUUCAGCUUGGUUGUUUGUGUAGCUUUAAAACAACUUACAGACUAUUUUUUAAUCCACCAGCUCUUUUUAAACUUGAAAUGCAAAUAAUUUUGACAAAUCGAUUGCAGCUCGGCAGAGAAUGGAAAUUAUUUUUACUGGCUACUGUAUUGCAGCAUUUUCUGUGUUGGGAUUUGAGCUUUUACUCCUUACAAAAAAUGUAACAAGUAAUAAAUUACAUUGCUGGUCAAGAGUACGCGUACCUUAAACAAUAUUUGAAAUUAUGAUGUAAAUUAAUUGGAAACAUAUGAUGUAACUAAUUAUUAAUUGGCAUUCCUAAGUGUAGAAAACUGUCUAGGAAUUAGUUGAUCUCAAAUUGAGUGGCUAAUUAUUGGAAUUUGAAGAAUCAAUGUUGUAAAUAGAUAGGGCCUGACACCUACUAAUUAAAUCUUAACAGGCACACACCCUGCUAACAAUUGAUUAACAUGUCCUCACAACCAACUAACGGCAAAAACUUAACAUUCCAGAAGACCCUAUAGCAAAAAAUGUAAUAAUUGGCAAAACCAAUAAAAAAUAAAUCACUCUACAACACUAGUUUUAU